GGGUACAAUGGGAAAACGGAAGCACUGCGGAAUUUGCGGCAUCAAUACUCUUUCGGCCACGGAUAAGGAAACAACAUAAAUAGUGUCGAAUUUUUUUCUGAAUUCAGAAAAGUAGUGAUAAUAUAUCCCGAAAAAAUAUCCAACAAAAUCAACUCAAAAUUUAUCAUAAAAAUAUAAAAAUAUCCCCAGCAGCAGUUCUUGAUUUCCGUUUCCUCGUUUUGGAAAGCUUAAGACGGGGUUUUUUUGUUUCUGUUCAAAACUUUGUGCAAAUUUCAAAUCUUACAAAAUCCAUUUAUUUGGGCAACUUGUGUUCCUUUGGGUAUCCUUCGAGAAGCGACGAUAGAGAGCGCGGAUAGAGAGCUGUGGUGCAGGACACAAGGCGACCUAGUCGCAAAACAGAUCAAGUUUCCAGUAGGGAGGGACGACAUGCCAACCAUGACACGAAUGCAUCGGCACUCCAGCUCCAGCGCCAGUGCCGUGGUGGAGGAGACGCGCGGCCGCCGGCGCGAAGGCGUUGGGGGCGAGGCCAACAAGGAGAACUACGGCGUGCACUUCAUGAGCAGCCCCUUCGGCAACGCCAGCCUGAUCGCCCUGCAGGACUUGAGCAACGUCCACGUCCACGGCAAGAGUCCGCAGCGGCGCAGCUUCAGCGAGGGGAGCGGGCCGCGUCAGGCCACCCCGCAGCUGGCGGCCCUCCGCUGCCUGCCCCGAGCUCCAGGCGUCGCACUGGGGGCUGCGGCCAAUGGAAACGGAAGUGGUGCUGUGGGAGGACCUGUGCUGGAAGACUCGCAAUUGUCGUCCUCGCGGAUGGGAGACACCACCCUGGAUCGCAUGCUGGACGCCAUCAUCGAGUCGGCGCGCAAGGAGGUGCGCUGCAAGCACACUACAGCAGCCGCAGCCGCAGCUGCCACCACAGCUGCCACAGUGGCCCUGGACUGCGGCGAGUGGAGCGAGACCAGUGUCCACGAGAUGGAGGUGCGCACCCCCACCCACCUGAAGCGGCAGCGGGUGGUGCGGCGCAAGAACCCCCACAAGACAGCCACCACCACAGCCACCAGAGAGGGGCAGAGUCGAAGCCGGAGCCAGAGCAGGAGGCAGAGCACGACGCAAGCCCCAAUGGAGCACGUGCCCAGCACGAAGCGCUGCCUCAGCUUCUCCAGCUCCACGUCCAGCGACCUGGACGAUGACGAGCAGCUGGCCAAGCGCAGCUCGAUGGUCUCCACCCCAUCGUCGAGCCACUCCAGUGCUGCUGGUACUGGCCUUGGCUCUGCUACUGGUACCACCGGUACUCAGGCAGGCGACGACAGUGACAGCCAGCGGGGAAGCAUAGAUCUGAGCAUCGUCUACGAUGCCAAGCAGCGGAAGCUAAAUGUACACGUCAUCCGCUGUCGUGAUUUGCGUCGUUCUCAUGGGACCGGAACCGGCAUUUAUGCCUACGUCAAGGUGGCGCUGGCCCCCGCCCAGCAGUCCGCCCAGUCAGUCCAGCCAGCCAUGAGCUCUGGCUUCCAGCGCACCGCUGUCCACCGGCACUCGACGCGGCCGUACUUCGAUCAGCGCUUCAGCUUCCCCAUCCAUCCGGAGGAGGAGGAGCUGGAGUUCGGCCAUGCCAAUCGGCAGCUACAGCUGGCCGUGUGGCAUCGGGAUCGCCAUUUAAAACGCAGCGAGUUCCUGGGCAGCAGCACCUUCCCACUGAGCGAGCUUCUGGCGGAGAGCCACAGCGUGACCGGGUCCUACAAGUUGCAGUCGCAGUCUCAGUCGCAGGCAUGCCUUAGUAGCUGUCGCAGCAGCAGCAGCCGGAGCAGCAGGAGUAGCAGCAGCCAGAGCACUACCACAGCCACCUCCAGGAGCAGCAACCAGGAAGAGCAGGAGCAGGAGCCGGAGCAGGAGCAGCAGUCACUGGCAGAGGGAUCCGAUAUGGCCACAACCACAGCCACAGCUACCCCCCAGAAGUCGUCAGCAGCGACUGCGGCGGCGGCGGCGGCAGCAGCGGCCAUGAACCUGGACGAGGUCAUCAGCAUCAGCAUCGACAGCAUGGCCGGCACGACGACAGUGGGCGGCAGGGACGAGUGCCUAAUGCAGCCGCAGCAGCCGAUGAAGCUGAGCAAGAAGGCCCUCCACCAGCGGGACGCCGACGAGAACCUCUUUCUGCGCUUCCUCGAGCUGGAUCCGCCCGCCGACGGCAAUGCGAACAGCACCACCAGCGCCGCGGGCAAUACGGGGGGCUCGGCGAGUGGGGCAGCACCGGGCGGAGGGGGGGCAAUCGCCAGUGUCAUCUGCAAUGUGAACGCCAAUGUGAGCAAUGCCAACCACCUGAACGGAGCCAGCGGCGGCGGCAGGCGCCAGUCGACCAUGGCCAGUGGAGGGAGUGGAGGAAGUGCCGGCAGUGGCCAGCGCCAGCUGGGACGCACCCCGUUCACGAUGACCCGGCGUCUGACGCGGACGGAGGAGCGGGGAUUCGGCUUCUCCAUCGUGUGGACGCACCCGCCGCGCGUCGAGAAGGUGGAGGCGGGCAUGUCGGCGGACCGGUGCGGCAUUCUGCCUGGCGACUAUGUGAUCUUCGUCGACAAGCACAAUGUGGUCACGAUGCCCGAGGCUGAUGUUCUGAAUUUGAUACGAUCGCAGGGCUCGACCUUGACGUUGGAGAUAUUCAGAAGGUCAGGCGCGGGCGCCACCAUGGCCAUAGACACAGCCACCACCACGGCAACAGUCGCCGCCACAUCCCUGUCCACAUCCACGGGCACGGAAAUAGGGACUGGAACGGGAACGGCCACAGGAAUUGGUAGCAUGGCAGCAGGUCUUUCCCUGGCCCUGGGCACCUCCAAUGCCAAUGCCAUCACACAGCAACAGCAGCAGCAGCAGCAGAUGCAAUCCCGGCAGCAGCUGGUCCUGGGCCUGGAGCGCGAGGAGCCGACGAACAUGAUGAGCCUUCAGCGGACGGGCAGCUCGAGACCAGCCCAGCCACAGGCGCAGCCGCAGCUGAGCAACAACUUUUCGCGUCCGGCCACCGCCUGCUCCGGCACCACCUCCUCCAUUGAGGCCGCCAAGCGGCGGCUCCACCUGCCCCAGGUCACCUUCAGCAAGGAGUCCAUUGUGCCCAUAACGGACAACCGGCGUCGCUUCCUCCUGCAGCUGAUUAGCCGGGAACAGAACUUCACGGCGGCCCUGCACUUCGGGGUGGAGCGGUUUGUGCAGCCGCUGCUGGAGCGGAAGGACCUGAUUUCGCCGAACGACCACCGGACGCUGUUCCAGAACAUCGACGAGCUGCUCCGCAUCGCCGAGGACAUACUGGAGCAGCUGUGCAGCGGCGACCAGCACCAGCAGCAGGAGCCGGAGCCGCAGAUGAACUUCGCCUCGCGGGUGUACCUAUCCAAGACGACGGCCAUAUGCGCGGCCUACAAGAAGUACUGCAACGGCAUCAAGCGGGCCGACUGCGUGCUGGUGAACAAGUCCCGGCAGACGGGGUCCGAGUUCAUAGCGUUCAUCACGGAGCCGGCGGUGCCGCGCAAGCGGCCGGACCUCACCAUGUUCAUCCACCGUCCGCUGCAGCACUUCCGCGAGAUCCUCAAGCUGAUGCAGCUGCUGGCCAGCAACUGCCACGUGGACACCGAGGAGCACAAGAACUUCAGCAGCGUGAUUGGGGAGCUGCAGGCGGCCUACCGCGAGAUCACGGUCAGCAGCGGCCUCAUGGAGCCCCUUGGCGAGGGCCGGCCCCUGCUCACGCUCCAGGACCUAGAGUCGCGCAUGGUCUUCACCAAGUGCAAGCCCUUCACGCUGGCCGUGCAGGGCCGCCAGUGGAUCUUCGGCGGUGAUCUGUCCCGCGUCGAGGGCCGCUCCAUCAAGCCAUACUGGACGCUACUCUUCAGCGACAUCAUCGUCUUCGCCAAGGUCAGCCGCGAUCGGGUGCUCUUCAUCACCGAGGAGCCCGUGCCCUUGGCCAAUGUGGUCGACUCCUGUUUCCACAUGCGCAAGAAGACCACCGAGUUCCGUUUGACUGUCGAUCCCAAUGGCCGGCUGGCCGAGAGCCCCACGGGCUACUGCGCCCCCGAUCUCAGCCGGACACCGAGGCGGGGCGCCCGCCGUAAGAGUCUCAUCCUGCGCGCUCCCUCCCUGGAGCUGAAGGCCGUGUGGCAGAACCUGCUGCAGCGCCAAAUAUUCCUGGUGAACGCAGCCCUGGGCUCGACGCCCCUGUCCAGCCCCCUGGACUCGCCGGAUGUGCUGAACACACUGGUGCCACUGAGUGAUAUUGGCAUGACCUCCGCCUCGAUGGCCUCGAUGAAGCUGCCAUCGCUGGACAGCAUCAACCUCAAGCAGCAGAAACAGCAGCAGCGUAACAGCUCUCACGGCCAUGCCCACACCGGGGGUUCAGGGGCGGCCGCCUCCGCUGGCCACGCCCACGGACACACACACACACACGCACACGGCCAUGCCGUGGAGCAGAUCGAGCUGUUGAUCGACGAGAAGUGCCGCAUUUUGAACAAGACCGGCACGCCCAAGUCGAGCGCCCUCCACCUGGCCAACUGGAUGAAGGGCCAGCUGGACAAGCAGCAGCAGCAGGCCCGACUGGCGGCCAUCGCCCGCUCCCAGGAGAACAUCACCGCCGAGGACGAGCAGCUGAUCUUCAACAGCGACAGUGAACAGGACGAGCGCAUCACGUACUGGACGCGGCAGCAGCUCGAGAAGCGCACCAAGGAGCUCAACCUGGCCAAGGAGAACGGCGCUUUGUUGGCCAAGCCGAACUUUGGUGGCAAGCGACUCAGCGGCGUUGAGGAGCUCAGCAUGAGCGCCGCCUCGGACAUCUACUCGGAGGCGGAGGGUGUGACCAGCCAAAUCAGUCAGUCGCACAGCACCACAUCGGACAGUCAGAUUACAGUACGCUCGAGCCCCAUUGUGCUGGACAAGCUGGCCGUUUGCCGACACUGCCACAAGAAUUGCCAGCAGAGCGGCCCCGGCGGCGGCCGUGCCGGUGCCGCUGGCAUCAAUAACUCCGGCUCCACGCCCGUUCUCCUCUGCAACUCCCUCAAGGUGCAGCACAGCCAGUCCUCGCCGAACCGAUGCUGUAAGCUUAACGGGAUGGCUGGGGGAACGGGAUCGGGCACGGGAACGGGCACGGGCACGGGAGCAGGCACCGGAACGAGCAGCGUGACCAGCAUGUCCAGCAGCACCAUCACGGGGGAGCUGUCAUCGAAGGUAGUCGCUAGCAGCAGUCGCCGGGAGACCGGCGAUACGGAGAGCGAUGUAGCCCAGCUGAUCACCGACGAACUGUCCCUCUCCCAAUCAGAGGCCACGGACGAGAGCGUUGGCGCCAUUCCCAACAGCAGCAGCAGCGCCGGCGAUGGCUCCAAACUACGAAUUCUAGAUCCUCAGCCACCGGCGGUGGCAUCGGUGGCAUCGGUGACAUCGGGGGCAACGGUGAGUCCACCAAUGGCUAUGGCAAAUGGCCAUUGCUCAGGCGGUUCACCGAAGCCGUUGCCACCACCGCGACGCACUCGCAUCGUGGCCCAGAUGUGCCAAGAGCCCGCAAGGCCACGGGCCAACCAGCAGGUCAAGGCCAUAGUGACGAUCACUGAGACGGCACGGAUCAUGCGCAGCAGCGAACGAACAGCCCACCCGCACUCUGUGGGAUCGGGAGGAUCCGGCUCGGUGUCGGGGUCACCAGCCAAAUAUGCCGCCUGCCACUGCCGCUGCACUCCUGAGGACUUCACGCACGCCCAACUCUCGCCGGACAAGAUGGAGCACCAGACCUGCAAGCUCCUGGAGUCGCCCAAACAGACCGCCACCACCACAUCCACAUCCUCAGCAGCCGCAGCCGCAGCCUCAGUGACAGCGGCACAGCGGCAGGAGGAUGAGCAGCUGUCGCUGGUGCUGAUUGGACUGGCCCAGUUUGCGCCGGCGGCCAAGCUGUGUGGGCAAGGGGAGCGGGUGCCACCUUCAGUCCUCCAUCAGAGGGAAGAACCUAAUGACGCCCCCACGAUAGCCGUGGUGCCACCAACGCCCGACGCCGUGCUUACCAAGACGAGCACUCAUGUGUGGGACAACAGCGGAGGAGGAGCGGAAGCGCCAGUGGGUGGAGUGGCCACGACUAGCACGGCCACCACUACAACGAAGCAGCCGCGCCAGGCGAUCAUUGAGAACAUACCCGAGGACUCGUGCGACGAGUCGCCGCUGGACGAGGAACCUCCGUACAGGCCCAUGACCAACGCACUGAGACGCUUCGGCACGAUGUCCAGUCUGGAGAAGCUGCCCUCUGACGAUCGCAUGGACGAGGCCGACGAGCUGGACGACGACAUAGAGCAAUACACCUCCAAUGGCCACGACGACAGCCCCCACAACGAGGAUGUGGACGAUGACGAUGAGGACGAGGAUGAAGACGACGCAGGCUCGGACAAGGCGCUGGCCCAAAACCUUAACGAAAUGGUCGGCUGCUCUAGCUCGACUCCAGCGCGUGCCAUGGUCAAUGGGGAUGUGCUGGCGAGUGGAGCCUGGACCAAUCGGGCUGGGGCCUUUGUCUCCGACAAGAUGUCCUUUUUCGAGGAGUCGCGUGCCUUCAUCGACAAGUACUUGGGUCGCUGGAGUGCCGAAGAUCCCCAGGAGCAGCCUCAGCAGACGGCCACCUCCGAGACGGAUGAGCAGAUGGACGAGUGCACCUCGGGGGCAACCAGCGGCGAGGAGGUGUGGGGCACGCCCACCAGUGGCGGGGACAACGAAGACAACGACCUGCAGCUGAUCAACUCGGAGAACACGCAUUCGUCACCCACCAAGUCGAGCACCUCGCUGAACGAUGACGAUGACACGGAGCUGAUGAUGGACGAGCUGCUGAUGGCCCCGCCGAUGACGGCCAGCACCAUACGGGGACUGCUGCCACGAUUUUACAGACGUCGUCUUGAGCCCCUUUUCGAGGAGGAGACCGAGAGCGACGAAGAGAAAACCCAGCAGGACAGCGAUGACAUCAAAAAGGGGGAAGCAACGACAAAUGGCCACUACCUAGAGGAUUCAGCUGGAAGCUCAAGCGACGAGGCAGCCCCAGUGGUGCCGGAUCGGGAGGAGGAUCCGGAGGAGGAGCAUCAGCAUCAAAAGGAGCUGGAGCAGGAGCUGGAGCUGGAGCCGCAUCUGGAGCAGGGACAUCUGGGGUAUCAACAGCAGAGAUUGCAACCGAACCUGGGGCCACGUCCGUUGCUCACUACCAUGCUGCUGCCCACUACGGCCAUAACCACGCAGAUGGAACCAUCACCACGACCACCACCAGUACAACGAGUGGGUCCACCGCCAGUGGUGGCCUUAUCCUGCGAGUAUCUGCUCGAUCAGCGCCCCUCUAUACCCUUGACAGCCGCAUCGCACACGACGAGGUCGUACAAGAUGCCAGCUACGAUCAGUGGGCCAGGGCCAGGUCCAGGCCCAGAGAUAGAGAAAGAGAACUCCACCACGACGCCAUCAUCUCGGCCGCCUCCGCCUCCGGCUGCAGCAGCGACAACGGGCAGGACGUCGAUGACGACGGCGAGUCGAGCUCCCUCGUCGACUACUACAACAACCAGCAGCGGGAGCGACACUACGAGCUCCGGAGGCAGAGCCAGCGGCAGGCCAGCGAGGUUUAUACCACCGCCGCCGCCUCCGCGUCGCUUGCUGCUCACGCAGACCAAUCUAAGCGCUGCCCCACCCAAAACGGAGCCACCUCAAAGAAAAUCUGGCGCUACUGCUGACAGUGGCUCCUCGGCGGCUGUCGGCGACGCCGCCAGCGCUUCGGUCCCAAUCGCUACCGGGUCAAGGACAAUGCCAGCGGCGAUUACCAGCAGCUCUACGCCGGCGCCGGCACCGUCCCAAAAACGGCCAUCGUCAACGAUAAUCGAGACCUGCCUGCUGGGGCAGGCACCCAGGCCCGCCUCAGCCAUUUCAUCAGCAACAGCCUCGAGGAUACCAAAGCCGAGCCGGGCGAGCCCCAGUCCCACCCACCGUCAGAGCAGCCCGGCUAUAGCGGCGCCACCACCAGCGGAGGUGGAGGCGCAGGCGCAGGUGCAGGCGAAGGCGGGGGCAAACGGAGACGCUCAGCGUUCGGCACACGCUGCCCCAGCGCCCCACGCUGGCUGCGGUCUAAGUCCAAGGCUGGAAAUGCGGCUGGCCCUCAAUCACGACAUCCUAGGGGACGAGGACUUGAUCUGCUACGAGCCUGGUCCAGAUCUAACAACUAUUCUGGGGCACGACCUCUCCACAUUUCAUCGUCUGACGGGUCGCGAUUUAUUGAGUCGUUCAGCCACGAAUCGGGUGCAGCCAAAAGAGGCUGUCAUAUCGUACUCUCAACAACGCAACUCAAAGAUGGACACGCCGACGGUGAACCGUCGUCCACGUCCGCUCUCGGCCUCCGUCCAGAGCAACCACAGCAGCAGCAGCCACGGCAGUCCUUGUACCGCUGGUUCAGCUCGUGCCGGAGGCGAUCCACGCAGCCAGCAGGCCAGUCCAGGUCCAUGGACCGGUUCUGGAUCUGCGGGUCGAGCCGGCGCCGGGAGCGGAAGCGGCGCCGACAACAGCACCGCCUGCAGCUCCAGCAGAGGCGGGAGCAAAUUAGGCGAUCUGGAAAUCUUAGCGAGACGCGAGAAGAUAUACUGCAUGUCUCAAUCGAGGAGUGGCUGUCAAGUCAGGGAGACAUCCACGACCUCCACAACGAUGGUGGCAACGAUGACGAUGGGUACGGUGAUGACGGAGAUGGCAUCGAAACGCGACUCUUCCUCGCCCACCCAAGCAGUAGCAGCAGCUUCUCUGACGAGGACGAUGAGUACUACUUCGAUGGACGGAGCGGUAGCCACCAGUACCACAACAACAAUGACUGAAGCAUUCCUCGAAACGGAAGUGGACAAGUCGAAGCGAUUAAUCAACUUUAUUAAGCGUCGCAACUCUGAGAUAACCGCUAGUAGCAGCAGCAGCACCCCCAACCACUCCGACGGAGCCCUUGGCGAGCAGCCCCAACCGAGCCAAACCCAGGCCCAGGCCCAGGCCCAGAGUCAGAGCAGCCUGCUGCCGCAGGCAGCCGAACCCGCGGAGAUGGCACAAAUGUCGCCGCGCAAGGACAACGACAAGCCAUCUCUGAAUCGCCGCCUGUGGAAACAAAUCACCAAACGCCGACGCACCAACUCCGUGUCCCAAAUAGUCGCUGGUUAAGGUGUCACCAUUCCCCCCCGCCAUUCUUUGUCCAAACGAUUUUCGGAAGAUCCCAGCAUCCAGCAUCCGAUUGCGAUCCUUAGCCAGUGCUUAAUAGCUUUUAUUGUGUUCUGUGGGUAGAUUUUAGUUAAUCAUAAGUUGAGCACGACGCAUCCGAAGGGCAGCCAAUUGACUGGAGAACGGAUGGUCUGGAGUCCGUGUCCCUGUCCGUGGCAGUACGUCGGCUCUCCUUGAGGUCUAACUUGCUAGUGGCCUGUGUUGCGCUGCCACGGAAGUUGCAGUGGUGCUACGGACUUCCGGCUGUCUGGAUCUACCAGCGGGCUGCCACACCAACAAUGGACUGGCAUUGAGCAAAUACCAAACUACCAAACACCAACAACAAGAAACAGGAAACAAGAAACAAGCAACAAGGGGGGAAAAUAUUUAGUAGAGUACGAGUAUGUUAGGUUUUUUGAUACAACUUUGUAGGUAGUGAAUCCUGGGAUCGAUCACAGGGCCACUCUUGGCGUCCAAUUGCGUCCAAAACGAAUCUCCUGCCAGCAGUCGGCAGAAGGCAGAAGUCAGAAGGCAGUAGAAGGCAGACGGGAGGCAGGAGGCCAAAGAACUCAGUCCAAGCCAAAUACGAUAUAGACAACGAAUGGCAGUAAGUUGGCAGUGAGGGGGCAUACAACUACUGGGGCACAGUACGAGUAACUCACUCUCCCCAAACACACAACACACAAACACACACACAGAGACACAUUACUCGUAACACACAUGCAAUCCAGCCAAAUGAAUAUACAUAGAAGAUAUAGAAGAAUUCGAAUGUUUACACUGACUAUUUUUUAGAGGAGAUAGAUAUAGAGCAUUCAUUAGCAAUAUACGUGUACGUGUACUUGUGUACGGAGUAGCUUAGCAGUUGGGUUGUUCCGGGGGCUUUUGAUAUUGGUUCGUGUUCGUUUAGUUCUAGUUCUCAAUUAACAAUGAAAUUGCCUUACGUAUUCAAUGAACUAUUGUAUUGGUAGCUUAAAGUAGUGCUCUUUAUACAUACAUUUUACGCAUUUUGCAAUUGUCCAGCAAUGUCAGCAUCGGGUCAGCAUCAGUAUCAGCAUCAGCUUCAGCAGUCAGCAGUCAAUACGAGUAGUAUGCCACUAAUGAAUUUUAAGAAUUUAAAUUCCACAUUUUUCUCAAACUAUUUACAAGGAAACUUUUUCAUCAGAGUCUUAUAAAAGUAUAGCGAAACUUUGUAGUUUAUUUCACAUUGAAAUUGAAAAAUGAAAUUGAAAAUAUUUGAGAUUAAGAUCGAAACUGAGACCGAGACCGAGACAGAGAUCGAGAGCAGCGCUCCGCUGAGAUGCUAAGAAAUUAUACGAGUUAAUAAUGACAAACGAUGAAGUACAUUUAUCAGCUUUAAUAGAAAAUCUAAUAAAUAUAUACAUAUAUUAUACAUGAAUCUAACUAGUUCUAGUCGUAGCUAACUAAUUGAUAUACGAAUUAAUUUUCAAUAGAGUGGACUUGUACGUGUACGUGUUAUUAGGCAUUUACCACUCACACCACACUCUUGGGGCAUGGCAUCCAUUGAUUCAGCACCAUGUACCACGUACCACACCACGAACAGUGUCUCAGUAUUCAGUAACUUUCUUUGUAAAACUCAAACACUGACACACUCACAAAUCCGAAUAUCCAAUACUCGAACAUGCAUAUAUGUGCAUGUAUAUAGGGUAUGGAUGAUUUUUUUUGCGGUCGGGGUCGAAUCUUGUAUUUUAGUGCAGAAGUGAAUUUUCCUCUUGAAAUUCAAUAAGAAAUUCAAUUAUUUAAAGAUGAAAUUACAGAAAAAAAA